AUGCUUAGUAUCUUCAACAAAAACCUCCAGCAACUCGGCUCAAAGUUCCGAUGGCUGGUGCACCGCCGUUCAAAACUGAAAGUCAUUAUCAAAAGGUUCGGGAAAUUGAAUUCCAUAACUCAAGAUAUAUCAAACACAAAUGGGUCAGCCGCAAUUCAUCCAAAUAAUCAUUUGGGGAAAUCAGAAACCCCAAUCCGAAUCGCAACUUUUAAUGCCGCUUUGUUCUCCAUGGCACCAGCAGUUCCAGAGUUGACUGAAAAAGCUUCAAGCUUUGACUAUGGCGAAGACGAACAAGAUUACAGUAGUAAGCUCCAUGAGCAGUUCAGAAACUGUAUCAAAAUAACAGAAAUUCGCAAAAUCAAAGUUAAGAGUUUCAAUCAAUUUACCCGACAACGAGAUCUCACUGAAGCGAAGUAG